UCUUCUCUUCCGUUAGAUUAGGUUCAUACUCAAUUGAUUUGAUCCUUCUUUGCUUUCACGCUUUCAAGUUGCGAAGUUUUAAUUCGCUCAGAAUAUGCCUGAAGUGGAUAGUUCCUCCACCAAACCCCCUCAAAUCUCCGAGAUGUUCCAGAAAUUUGCCCUCGCUUUCAAGACCAAAACCUUCGAGUUCUUCGCCGACGAAGAUCAGGCCGCCGGCGCCGCAGGUGAAGACUCCGAUGGCUUCUCCCUCUUGGAUUCUGCCGAAGAUUUCAUCACCGACCAGAAAGUUGUGGUCAUCAAACCAGAUCCAGCCUGCAAUUUCUCUCCCGAAACGACGCCGUCUCCGCCUGAGCCGCCUAUAGCGAAGCCUGCGGGUGAGAGCCCGGUGAAGAAGUUGGAGCAAACUGAGAAAUUAUUGUCGCCGGCUCAACAAGCGGCAGUGACGAAGUCAUUGAGCGAGAGUGAGAUCAGAGCAUUGAAUACUCAGAUGAUGCACACGGUGAUUUCCUCGAUCUUCGCUACGGUUUCGUCAUUUGAAGCUUCGUAUGUUCAGUUGCAGACUGCUCAUGUUCCGUUUAUUGAGGAAAAUGUGAAGGCGGCUGAUAGAGUUUUGGUUUCACACCUUGAGAGACUAUCCGAAUUCAAAAAAUUCUUUAGAGAUUGGCAAAGGAGUCCUGAUUUUGAUUCUGAAUUUCCUAUCAGGUCUUGCUUAGGAGCUCAGGUGGAAGAAAAUCAGAACAAGCUGCGGACUCUGGGGACUGUUUCGAACCGCUUACAGUCAGAGCUUGAACAAAAACAUGAUGAGGUUUCGGUUCUAAGGAAAAAGUUGGACGAGAUUCAAAAGACUAAUGUCAAGUUGUCCAAGAAGUUAUGCGGUAACUUGAAUUCUUCUAAUGAUGUUUUGCUAACCGUAAGAGUGUUUGAUUCGGUCUUGCAUGAUGCUUCUAGGGAAACUCACAAAUUUACUAAGAUAUUGAUUAGUUUGAUGAGAAAAGCUGGGUGGAACUUGGAUGUAGUGGCCAACGCAGUUCAUCCAAACAUCAACUAUGCAAAGAAAGGGCAUAAUCAGUUUGCUCUUUUGUCAUAUGUAUGUUUAGUGAUGUUUCAAGGUUUUGAUUUGGAAGAUUUUGGGAUGAAUUCCGGUGAACCCAUGUCAGAUGGCCAUGAUUUAGAUUCAGAAAAUAAAAGUAGGUUUUUGAAGCAACUGCUUGAGCAUGUAUCCAGCAAUCCAAUGGAGUUGCUUAGCAUCCAUCCUACUUGCGAGUUUUCAAAAUUUUGCGAGCAGCAAUACGAGAGACUUGUCCAUCCUACGAUGGAAUCAUCCAUUUUCAUUGAUUUGGAUGGAAAUGAAACGGUACUGAAGUCAUGGAGGUCAAUAAGCAUGUUCUAUGAUGCUUUUGUUAGAAUGGCUAGCGCCAUAUGGACACUUCAUAAGUUAUCCCAUGCCUUUGAUCCCGUGGUAGAAAUUUUUCAAGUGCAGAGAGAUGUAGACUUCUCAAUGGUAUACAUGGAGGAUGUUACAAGGAGAGUUACUUGGCCAAAUAAAAGAAGGGCAAAAGUGGGAUUCACAGUGGUUCCAGGAUUUAAAAUCGGGGAGAUAGUUAUUCAAUCACAGGUUUAUCUGAAUGACUUGAAAUGUACAGAGUAGUAUAAGUAGUUGUUCUUGUUCAAGAUAUGCUAUCAGAUGAGACUGUAUUUGUAAGGUACCAAACCUGUUGGCGGCUCUGGCAGUGUAUACCUUGUUCGCUUUUCAUUGUAAGUGAAAUCCACUAACUUUCCUGGAAUUUAUACCAAGAAGAUGCCUGUUACAGAUUGAGAAAGAAACGCUAUGUAUGCCAGAAGAAGAUGUUUGGUUCUUCUGCUGCUGUAGUGGGAACAAGGCAAGUUGUGACAAGUCUUCCCGUCUAUUUGUUGUUAAAACUCAUGUGCAAUAGGUAGCCUGCGGACACUUCCCUUGUUUUAUCUUUCUUUUCUGUUUGUCAGUUUUGUUUUGCUGUUUAUAGGUUAGUUGUGUAGAGCUCUGUGUACAGAAUACUACCCCGUUUCUGGGGACUAUGAAAGCUGAUCAGUCAAUUGUGUAUCUAUC